AUGUCCUGGCGCUCUCCCUUCACCAACCUCUUCCGUCGCUCUCCACAGUAUUCCACUGUUUCCAAUACGCCGCAAGUCAGCGAUAGCGAUUACAGUUAUAUCGUCGAUGGUGCGGCAGGCACAUAUAGGAAUCAAGAUGACAAUGCGCCAGACACACUUCUCCUUAAACACAAAAGGAACGCAUAUGAGCUGAAUUUCCCGGCAUACGCCAUAAAUGACGGGACACUCAGCGUUCGCGAGUUGAGGCGACGAGCUGCAGAAGCGACAGGCGCUCCCGACCCAAAGCGGGUCAAGCUACUUUACAAGGGCAAGCUUUUGGACGACGAUGAUCUGCCCUGUCGGGAUGAGGGGCUCAAACAACAGUCGGAGGUGUUAUGUGUGGUAUCGGAGGUAGGAGAGAGUACCCCUAGCGAGGGGUCCGACGCGGAGGAUAAGGCCAGCGACUCGGCGCCUCCGGAUGAUGCGCCCCGCCCGAAGAGGGUUCGCAAUCGGAACAAGAACAAGAAGAAUAAGAAUAAGAAGAAGAACAAAGAUGGUGCUGACUCUCUCGCGCCGUCCGCCGACCAGAAACCUUCUGCGUCCCCUAGCAGAUCGACGCUACCAGCGCCGGCUCCCAACCUCAAAGCCUUCAGUACCCCACUUGAGCAAGCACAGGCACUUUCAGCGUACUUUCAAAGAGAGCUGCUGCCACUUUGCGAUGAAUAUAUUGCCAAUACCCCGACCGAUCCUAAGUCGCGUGAAUUCGAGCAUGCGAAGUUGAGCGAGACGAUUCUGGCGCAAGUGCUUCUUAGGGCUGAUGGCAUUGAGCCCGAUGGUAACGUGGACGCUCGAAACGCGCGCAAGGCGCUCGUUAAGGAAGCGCAGUCCACCCUCACAAAACUGGAUCAAGCAAAGGCAUGA